CCCCCCCCCCCCGCCAAAAUAUCCCGGCCUCAAUCAUCAUCCCUGGGCCUUACCUCCGCCGCGUCACCGGAUUCCGGAGACGCUCCCCUUUCGAUCCAUUUUCCAGCUUCCGACGUCUCUCCCUCGAUCUCUGUCUUCGCCUCUCUCUCUCUCUCUCUCCCUCUCUCCCGUUUCUUGGAAUUUUUUUCUUAAAUUAUUAUUGUUAUCUGGUUUCCAUUGUCGUUUUAUGAGCGUUUAAAUUUACAUUUUUACCCUCCCUCUCGACUUUAUUUACCACUCUAACAGCCUAUUAAACUCAGACAGCUGUUUUUUUCUCUUUUUGUUUUUUUUUUAAAUUAUUGGUGGAGCUGAUUUGACGCUUUCGCCCUCGCCCUUUCCGAAUAGGAUCGGGAUUAGGGAAAAUCAAUAAAAAAAUAAAAAAAGGGACGGCUACGAUGAGCCACCACCCACGCCAGAUCUCGACACCCGUCGCAUCGAUGAAGCGCAAAGCGAGUGAAGCCCGCUCCUCCGACGAACCCCCGGCGCCACCUUCCGCCGCGGUGGCAGCCAAGCCAGUGCCUCCGAACCAGCUCUUAGCUGGCUACCUGGCUUAUGAGUUCCUGACCAAAGGCACCCUGUUCGGCGAGAAGUGGGACCCGGCUCGAGCCGAGGCCGAGGCGGAGUCAGAGUCGGAAGAGUUGCAGGGGAUGCAGCCGGGUCAGAGCGAGAACAGGGACGCGAAGGCGAGCCAGAGGGUGAAGCCGCUGCAGCACCAGAGCUAUUUAGCCGUGGCAAGCCUGUUGAAGGGCGAUGGGGUCCACGUGCCUGGAAUUGUCAACCCCUCCCAGUUGGCUCAGUGGAUUGGGAUGUGAAAUGCGAGCGUGGCAAUUCCUCAUUGGCCACUCCCUUCUUGGGUCCUCCCGAGUUAAGUUAGACCUCCACUCCACAUAUGGUGAGUCGGUCGAAACCAUAUAUAUACAUGUGUAUAUCACCCGCCAUAUGUAGCCUCUGAAGCAUUCUGUAAGACAAUUCAAUUCUCUGCUUAAUUUCUUCUCUUUCUGCAUUA